AUGGAAAUACAUGGAAAUGUACAGUAUCUGGAUCGAGUAUUAUCGGUGGUGACGAUAAGAGACUUUGGUACAAAUGUAAGGCAUAAAUUACCUGUAAAAGUAAAUUACACGGGGCCCACUAACGACAUUGGGACAUAUAAGCAACCGCGACCUAUAACUGCAGCUAUAACCAUAACUGAAAAGCCAAAAGACAUUAGCACAAGUCCAUCUGAAUUAACAAUGACUAACAGGUUGUUAUUGCGACACUUCUUACGCAAUCCAACUCUAACAAAUGAAUUGAGUUUAAGGAGUCACUUUCCCUAUUUACUUUAUCCUUAUUUGCAUCGGCACCUCGACAAUCAAAAACGUGGUCUACCUACUAAAGGCGAUGGAACGAUCGGAUUAGCUGAUUACAAAGAAAUCAAAGAAUUGCCUUAUAAACCUGAAAAAAUAUUAAUAGAUGUGAGAGAACCCGAAGAGAUAUUUUCAACCGGCAGAAUACCUACCAGCGUCAACAUACCGCUGAACAAAUUGUUUAAAGCAUUAGCAAGAAAUUCGGAUAAAGAUGAAUUUCGGAAAAAGUAUGCUCGUGAAAAACCGGACUUUAAUAGCUUUUUAAUUUUUCAUUGUGUAGAGGGAAGGAGGGCUCAAAAGGCCGCCGAACAGGCAAUAAGAAUCGGUUAUAAGAAUGUGAAAUUAUAUAAAGGAUCCUGGAAUGACUGGAUAAAACAAGAAUGCUUCAAAUAA